AUGCACCAAGCAGCAAGAGCCAUACCAUUCUCUGCUAAAAAGAAAAAGGCUCAGCUGCAAGAUAAACGACAGCGUAAACGGGACAAGGUAGCAGUUUCAAACACUCCAGUAUCAGAUACUUGUGGUGUGUGCAAAGAUACACUUUUAAACCGUGUGGAUAGAGAUGACACAUACAAUGAGGAACAGAAGGAGAGAGAGAGAGAGCCGGAUAGAUCCACUGAUUACAGUGAUGGAAGAAACAGUGAAGGACACCCAUUGCAGCAGUCUCGACAAGACUCGCAUGGAUGCAUACCGACACAGACGGCUGGGACUGUCUCGCAUCCACCAGUCUCUGCCCACAGCAGCAUCUAUUGUUGCAGAGUUACGAGCAGACAAGAACACCUGCAAAAAGAGUCGAGCGAAUCAAUACAAGAAUCAAAGGAGAUUGAGUCGGUCGAUGCUAGGAGCGCUGCUCAUUGUCAUAGUCCUGCUCGCAAUAGUUCGGGUCGUAAUGCAUCUCAUGUCCAUCAAGAGCAAACUCGAACAAAAAUAACUCCAUGCAUAUCGUCUACUGACAGUCGGAUUCCUUAUAGCUCCAAAGCAAGUCAUUUCGAAUCCGUGUUUGCCAAGGUCGAGCUAGAUGCCAUUCAAGCAAUGCGAUUGGCUUCUCAAUCUCCAAUCACUCCAUUGCCGCAGACUGUACUGGAAAUUGGGUUUGAAGAUCUCUAUCCGUCAGGCGAUAUGAUCGACUUUCCUAAGCGGCCACAUUGGAAUCAUAGCGACUCGAAAGAAACACUAGAAAAGCGUGAAUCUGAAUACUUCAAAUGGUGGCUUGAUGGGGUUAAUCGUAGAUUUGAUCCAGACAGCUUGGGAUACUUUGAACAGAAUCUUGAGGUAUGGAGACAAUUAUGGCGAGUAGUAGAAGUAUCAUUCACGACAUCCCAUUCUACAUUUCCCACCAACCCUGUACAACUAUAUCGUAGUGGAAAUGAAGCGUACUCUUAUAUUGGUGUUCAACAAGUACCUGCACCAAUAUUGGCUGCAUGGAAAGAAUACUUUCAGAAUCGGUACUCUGGUAUCCACAUUGUAGAGUUUAGCUGCUACUCUCGUGAUGUGUUUAAUGUUCAAGACUCAAUGCAAGGUACUCUAAUAAAAGGAAAGCAGCCAAAGUCGAAACGAUACGCACAUGCAGUUGGUGCACUUCAAAUCAUUGAGGAAUGUAGCAAAGUCAAAUUUGACAAAAACGGAAUUGAAAUUAAUUGGGCAGAGUUGAUGGAUCAAAUGCAAAAAGAUAUUAAUAAACGGGAAAAGCAGGCAAGCGAUGUUAUUGAACGCAAAGAAUGUACAGAAAGCUUUUUGGGGCGAUCGAGACGAAGACAGCAAGUUCCUAAAAGUGUAUCUAUUACUUGCAUCCAAGAUACAGAUAUUGAGAAUGAUGCUAGUAAAAGCAAAGAAUCAUUUCAGCUAGAUUUGGGUCAGGAGAAUCAAAGUAUUUCAGAAAGUAUUACUUCUCGAGCCGAUUUGAUUACGAUUGGAUUGGUUGGCCAUCCAAACGUAGGAAAAUCGUCCUUGAUUAAUGGUAUAAUGGGUCGCACGGUAGUACCGACGUCAAAAACACCAGGACAUACUAAGCAUUUUCAGACACUACACCUAAGCAAACGGAUCCGUUUGUGUGAUUGUCCUGGAAUAGUGUUUCCGCUAAAGAUAUCUAAACCUGCUCAGAUUCUAGCAGGAAUGUAUCGAAUUGCACAAGUUCGAGAGCCCUGUUCCGUCAUAUCAUAUCUGGCUGAGCGAAUCCCCAUUCCGGACAUUUUGCACUUGAAACCACCUGCAUAUGCCACUUUUGACAAGAGCAUCAACAAAACUUUAGCUCAAUCUCAAGCAACGUUUCUCUGGAGUGGUUGGACAAUCUGUGAAGCAUUUGCUAUUCAACGAGGAUUCCUGACUUCAAAAACUGCAAGACCCGAUGUACACCGCGCUGCCAGCAUGCUACUUGGUAUGGUCAAUUAUGGAAAGUUGCUUCUUGUUUAUCGCCCAUCCAACUUUUCGUCCAUGCAUAUAAAUCUGGAUUUUCAGAAUUGGCAGAAGCUUCAUCAUACAUCAGUAUCAAAUGCCUCUGGUUCAAAAGGUACCAGGAAUGGUGAUCUAUCCAAAGCAAAUGAUGCUCAAAGUCUCAUUGAAUGUAUACACGAGACACAAGAUGAAGCAAGCCCAUGCACUCAAUCCAUUGCUCAUUUGAAUUCUUUUGCAUUUUUAACCGAUACAACUGAAUAG